AUGAACGGAGUUGGAUCAUCUAAAUUUAUUAAUAACACGGCCCAACUAGCGGCUCAGUAUAAUGAUUUCUAUUUGGAAAUAACUUCACCAAAAAUAAGUCAAAUCGGGAAUUAUAAAAUUAUAAAAGAAAUUGGUGAAGGGUCAUUUGGUAAGGCUUAUCUAGCAACUCAUGUAUUGCUAAACAUCAAUGUUGUUUUAAAAUGUGGACGAAUCGACGACCCAAAUAUAGUAAGGGAAAUUUAUUAUCAUAAACAAUUGAAGCAUAAAAAUAUCGUCAGUCUAUAUGAAGUGAUUAAAACAGAGAAUCAUCUUUGGAUAGCAUUAGAGUACUGUCAAGGUGGUGAGUUAUACUAUUAUAUUUAUGAGAAAAAAAGACUAGAGUUGGAAGAGUGCAGAAACAUCUUUUUCCAGAUUGUAUUAGCUGUUAAAUACGUUCAUUCUUUGAAUUUGAGUCACCGAGAUUUAAAAUUGGAGAAUAUAUUGUUGGCCGAUAAUAAAAAGUCAAUUGUUAAACUUACAGAUUUUGGAUUUAUUAGAGAAUUCAAUCCUCAAAGUAGGAAAUUCUUAACUACUAUAUGUGGUACUACCGUGUACAUGGCUCCCGAAGUAUUAAGCCAGCAGAAAUAUUCAGGAUUUGCUGUUGAUAUUUGGUCUAUGGGAAUAAUCUUAUACACAAUGCUAAAUGGGAUGAUGCCAUUUGAUGAUGACAAUGAAAUGAAAAUCCAACAAAAAAUCAUACACAACGAGCCAAUGGUUUUCGACCAUGUCCCAGUGGAGGUAAACAUGUUGAUUUUGAAGAUGUUAAACAAGGAUCCUAACCAAAGACCAAGCUUGAAUGAAAUAUUGAACUCGUCUUUUUUAAUUGACAACUACAACAAGCAUUUGGAGAAGAAUUCAAGAAGAACAGUUGGAGGAAGUGGAUCUGGUGGUGAUACAGAAUCCAUCCUCUCAAUCAACCAGCAUUAUAAUAGCAUUGACCAACCAUUUGAAUCUAAAAUUGAACGAGAUUUGCUUAGAAAGUUGCAAAGAAUAGAUUUUGAUAUUGACGAAUUGCAAGCUACGGCAAAUAAUCAUGAGAUAAAUCUGUUAACGGCAUUUUAUGAAUUGUUACUUACUCAAGAGUUCUCAAAGAAGAAAAAGAGAUAUUACAAGGAGAGAAAAAGGAAAUUGUACGAAGCCAAGAAUUCGCUUCGGAAAUCCAGAAAAAGGGUCAAGAGUGUUUUGUCAUUAUCCGACCAGUCCUUGGUGGGUGCCCAACCAUUGGAAAGAAUUAUGUCCAGUUUGAGUUUGGCUUCAGGAAAAAAUUCUAACCGUAAUUCGGUAAUUGUCACUAGAAAGUCAACUGAUAGAAAUGAAGCUGUGCCAGUUGCACCUCAACUGCCGAAAUCUUCACAAACCAGCCGUCUUAAUUUUGAAGUGCCGUCUCCAAGAGCAACCACCACAAACGUUACGUUAGCACCUAGAUCAAGGCGAAACUCAAGGGAUUUAUCUACCUUGGGAUCAGUUUCCAAUACUGAAGUCAAUGCUCCUUUACGUAGGACAGUGUCCUUUGUUCCCGAUGAAAGACGAUUGUCUGCUGUUAUCGCUGAAGAAAAAGAGGCCAGUAAGAAAUCCAACAAAAGUGGUAAGAUAUUAAAUAAGCUUCAGUUUUGGAAGAAGAACAAGGAAGAAAGUAUCGAUGACACAAUUUCUCGUUAUAGUACCAAAUCCAACCACAGUAAGUCUACCAAUGAGAAGAUGUUAGAUACGGAUGACGAAAUGCCAUUAAAGAUAAACAUGAGACAGAAUGAAAACCCAGAAUCACUUCAACUUGAAUGUAAUGACAGCAACGCUACUGCUGUGGCUAACCCUCAACCAACUUUGGCACAACCGCCAUUGCUUGAUCUUAGAAGAGAUUCUGAUCCAAUCCAGCCAGCAAUUCCUACCGAAUCCAAUCAAGAAUUACCACGUACCCCUCCAUCCGGUGAAACCACAAGAUUUGCCAGAACCAGGCCAUCAUCAAUGAUAUCCCAAAUCAGUCAGUUGAGUAAAUUAAGUCAAAUGUCUACUAUGUUGUCAGAAUCGGAAUUGGAUAUUCUCGAUGAAACUGACACAAUGGAUGAGGAUGAGGAUUAUGAUGACUAUGUUUACGAAUCGAGUAUUAAUACCUCACAAGAUACAAGAUCCCAAAAUCCUAAUACCACGGCAUCAACUGCGAUAAGUCAAUCACGUCCUUCAGGAAAGAAAAGACCAAGUUAUCGAAGAAGUCAUGUCUCAGAUGGAUCUAUUUUAACAACUUCAUCAAUAACCGGAACUGGUGGUGGUGGUGGUUCUACUCCUAGUAGCAAUGCUUUAAAGAGAAAGAAUUCGUUAUCUCGAUUAAGAAGCAAUUCAUCGGAAGAUAUUUCAGAGGAUUCAAAUAGGUAUAGCAAUAUCAUGAGUGAUGAUAACAUGCCUAUAGGUAGACCUGUUUCUCCUGAUCUUAUCAAGAGACGUAAUAUCAGAACUUCUGCUACCAUGCCUUUGAUUAAUGGCAAUGCUAAUAUCCUCACACCUACUGCACAUAGUUUUGCAGAAGCCAAUCUCCAUCGCAACAACAUCAACAACAACAAUAAUAUCAACCACGUUAACAUUAACAUUAAUAAUAAUAAUAAUAAUAUACCAAAUACUAAUAGCACUGAUGCGUCAAGACUUUCGUACCAUCGUGCACCAUCUCCUCCAAUUGGAUUCAAGUUUAGUAACAAACCAAGUAAAAAGAUGAUGACUACAGCAGUUAAUGGGCAUUAUCAACCAAAAGCAUACCUGGAUACUAAGCAAGUUGAAGAUUGGGUCAAUCCUCGAAAUAAUACUAGUUCUGCUGGAACUUCAAAUGCAUUUACAAAAUCUUCUAUCUAUCAACCGGUCAUUAAUGAAGAAGAAGAAGGUGAAGAAAAUAUAUAA